AUGAAAGCCUCUAAACAACAUAAGAACCAAAGGCCUCAACUGAGAGGAUGCAAGGCAUUGUGUUGCAGUUGCAGGCUUAGUGUCUCUUCUUCAGAGGAAGCAGAAAGCUCGGAUUCUGACCGGCUUGCGUCGAUUUCAAGCCUAACACACGCCAUUGUUCAAGAGAGGCUAGACCAGAUGAUUAAUGAAAGGCAGGUAACAAAGCAUGCAGCGAAACGGGGACAAAGAAGUGAAGGGACUAAAUUUGUUGUUAUGGUUGCCAUGGAAAAGUGUUCUUACGAUCCAAGAGAAGAUUUUAGAGAGUCUAUGGUUGAGAUGAUAAUGGCGAACCGGAUUCAACAGCCCAAAGACCUGCGCAGCCUCUUGAAUUACUAUGUAUCAAUGAAUUCUGAGGAAUAUCAUGGGAUUAUACUAGAAGUUUUCCAUGAGGUUUGCAGAAAUUUGUUUUCAUAUUGUAAAAGGCAUUGA